ACCACUUUUUUUUAAGUAGGUUUACUCUGCUUUCUUCAUUUGACUUUUCUCUCUCCUUCUUUUUGAUACAUACACAAAUCAUAUAUAUACAAACACUCAUGUACCCACCCUUUUCCCCUAAUCAUCACAUAAUCAUUGUUCUUCUCUAGAAUUAUCAUCACAUUCACAUACACUCACACAUCUAUCUCUCUCUUUUAUAAAAUAUUCAUCUUAUAAAGUGGAUUCCAUGGAUAAUAGAUCGCCAAGAUCAAGAGGAAUCUUGGGUCCGAGACCAGCACCACUGAAGGUCCGUGGAGAUUCGCACAAGAUCAUCAAGAAGCCACCAUUGGCGCCGCAACAGCCGCCACCGCAACCACCACAAAUCCAUCAGCAAGAACAACGGCAAACGCGGCCGCCAGGUGGUCCAGUGAUCAUAUACACUGUAUCUCCCAAGAUUAUCCAUACACACCCUAAUAACUUCAUGACAUUGGUUCAACGUCUCACAGGCAAAACCUCUAGCUCCACAACAUCAUCAUCUUCCUCUUCUACAUCCAUCUCAGCACCAAACGACACGUCAGCAUCAUUUGAUGCAUCCCAUGGUUUGAUAUCUCCGGCGGCUCGGUUCGCUUCUACGGAAAGAGCUAAUACCUCGAACGAACUAGGGAAAUUUGUAGGAGGCGUAGGGACUAUGGAUCAAUAUUAUAAUCAUCUUCAUCAUAAUCUUCAACAACAACAUCAACAUCAUCCGAUCGAACGGCCAAGUUUUCACCAUGCUGGUAUUUUAUCACCUGGACCCACGUCUCUGCCGUUGAUAUCACCAGACUUCUUUUCUACGGUUGGACCUACCGACCCUCAAGGUUAUUCGUCUUUCUUCAACGACUUUAAUUCUAUCAUUCAGAGUAGUCCAUCGAGGAUACAGUCUCCUUCUUCGAUGGACGUUUUCAACAAUUUUUUUGAUUCUUGAUUGAGUUAUUAUAUCAAGUUGAACUAGUAUACGAGUCUUAUAGGGGAAAAGAAAGAUAAUGUUUUACGAUUUUAUAUCAUUUUUUAGAGACAUUCCAAUGGAAUGAGAGGGUUUCUUCUACUUGUUGCAUUAGUGAUGAUGACGUCAUUUUUAAUAUCAAUUUGGCAAUUUGAUGAUAUGUGUAUUCGUCUUUGGUGGGCGUCCCAGAUAUAUUAAAACUCUAUCUUUAAUGACUCCUUGUCCCAGAUAUAACUGCUAUAUAUAUGUGCUCAUCGACUAACCCA